CGCCCGGCGGAGGUAUUACGUCUCGAUGUGUCAGAGGGAGUCAGGGCGAGUCUUGACUGCAGACAUCGUCGAGUAGCAACCAGGAUGCGCAUCAAUAUGAAGAGAAACCUUCGCAUUUCUCCAAACGAUUUAUCAUCGACAAACUUGUGACAGCUCAGAUCAACACACACGAGGGAGACCAGCGAGCAAAGAACUGACGUGACAGUUUUGAUUUUGAGGCCUCUCGACAUUUUUCUGCUCUUCAGUCCUUUUUACUCUAAGAGUCCAUCCUCAGCCCCCGACGUGAACCAACCAUGUCCGGGAAGGAGCGCAGCCCCCGCCACCGGCCGUGGUCGGUCUACCGGGCCAACACGUUUGAUCUCUCAGCUGAGAUGAUGGGGCUGGCUCUCUCGGGCAACAGUCAGGAUCCAGACGAGCCUGUACUGGAGUUCAGUGUGGCCUGCAGCGAGCUGGUCACUCCCUCUCUGGACCGUAAGCCAACCAGCUUCGUCGCCGUCAGCUGCACCACUCCGCCCCAGGCCUUCUGGACCAAGCACGCUCAAACUGAAAUCAUAGAGGGCACCAGUAACCCUAUCUUCCUGAGCAGCGUGGCGUUCUUUCAGGACUCUCUGAUCACUCAGCAGACUCAGGUCAAGCUUUCUGUCUAUGAUGUAAAGGACCGCACACAGGGCACGAUGUACAUGCUUGGUUCGUCCAUGUUCUCUGUGAAAGAGCUGCUGCAGGACAAACACCACAGACUGCACCUGACUCUCAGGUCAGCGGAGAACGAGCGUGUGGGGAACAUCACCGUCAUCGCCUGGCAGAUAGAGGAGAAGCGCGAGCAGAGAGCUCCUGUUGCAAGGUUACAGAGAGGAGACACUGUUAAUGGAAGGAUGGUUCUCCCUGUUGACGAAAGCCUGACUGAAUCCAUGGGUAUGAGAUCCAAGUCUUCAUCUCUGUGUAAAGACCCUCUGCUAAAGGCUGUUUUUGGGGGCGUCAUGUCGCGAACGUACCGGUUCCCCACCACGGACGGCAACCACCUUCGGAUCCUGGAGCAGAUGGCGGAGAGCGCGCUCUCCCUGCAUAUUCCUCGACAGUUUGUGAAGCUGCUGCUGGAGGAAGACGCCGUCAGGGUGUGUGAGCUGGAGGAGCUGGGUGAGCUGUCCGCGUGCUGGGAGAACCUCAGGAGGCAGAUCAUCACGCAGUAUCAGACCAUCAUCCUCACCUACCAGGAGACCAUAAGUGACCUGCACGAAUACAAAGGUCCGUCAUUUAAAUCUAGUACGUUGAAAGCUGAGAGGAAGUUGGAGUUUAUUCCUACUAACCUGCACAUCCAGAGGAUGAGAGUACAGGGAGAGACUGGCUAUGACCGGACAUACGAUGUUGUGACCAUCGGUGCUCCUGCUGCACAUCAUCAAGGCUUUAAAGGCUGUGGCCUCCGAAAACUGCUGCACAAGCUGGAAGAAGCCAGGAAACACACUUACGAGGAGGAAAGCUCUGCAGGCUCUGGCUCUGGCUCUAAAGUGAUGGCGUACCAGCCUCAGGAUGUUGUGAAAGCGAAGGAGCUGAUUGGUCAAAUAAACACUCUGAAGACACAAGUGUGUUACUACACCGAACGUCUGUCUCGAGCCGCCAAGGAGCGCUCAGCCAACGCUCUGGAGAGAACCCUGGCCAUCCUAACAGAGAAGACUCGUCAGUUGGUGACCGUGUGCGACUCCAAGCUGCUGUCCACAGCCAUCCUCGCCCUGGCAGCCGCCCGCCCAGAGUUGACUCAGCGAAGCACCCCAUCCCCGUCCUCCUCCUCCCUCUCACCUUCCUCACGUUCCCCAUCACGCUCCCCCUCCCGCCACCCGACCUCCCCGUCUCGUGCUGCCACCUCGCCCUCUCGCCAUGCGGCUCCACCGGAGGGCAGCGAAGGGAGUAAAAACAAGCGUGCUUCCUUGCAGGCAGAUUUGCACGAGGAGUGGGAGAAGGUUUGGCUAAAUGUUGAUAAGAGCCUGGAGUGUGUGAUCCAGAGGGUGGACCGGCUGCUGCAUCGGGACAAAAUCCAGAGCGACAGCAGCUCUGAGGACGUCUUCCUGCUCGCCAACGAGGAGCCGAGCAGCACUAAGAAAGAUAUCAGCCCAGAGGUAGAAAAGGUGGAAAAGACGUCUCCAGGUGAAUGGAGCGAGGCUUUGUACCCACUCCUCACCACUCUGACGGACUGUGCGUCUCUAAUGAGCGACAAAGCCAAGAAGGCCAUGGUGUUCCUGCUGAUGCAGGACAGCGCCCCCACCAUCGCCAUGAGCCUCACCCUGCAAUAUCGCCGCGACGUCGUCUUCUGCCAGACGCUGACGGCACUGAUCUGCGGCUUCGUCAUCAAGCUGAGGAACUCUCUCUGUGACUCGGGCUUCCUCAGGCAGCUACACACCAUCGGCUUACUGGUGCAGUACGAGGGCCUGCUCAGCACCUAUGGUGAGGAGCUGGCCAUGUUGGAGGACAUGAGCGUCGGAGUGAUGGACCUGAGAAAUGUCACCUUUAAAGUCACCCAGGCAACUACGGGCUUUGCCCCAGACAUGCUGCCAGUGAUCACGGGAAACAGAAGCGGCUUCAACGUCAGGGUCCCGAUGCCCGGUGUGAUGUUCGACACUCUGCCGCGAGAGAUCCAGAACGGGAUGCUGCUGCGCGUACAGCCCGUCCUGUUCAACGUGGGGAUCAACGAACAGCAGACGCUGGCUGAGAAGUUUGGAGACACGUCACUACAAGAGGUGAUCAACAUGGAGAGCAUGACUCGCCUCAGCUCGUACUACGACCAAUUUAAAGAAGUCCUGCCAGAAGACUGCCUGCCUCGCUCCCGCAGCACCACCAGUCUGCCCGAGCUGCUUAAACAGCUGAGCCAGAGCGUGAACGCCAAGAAAAGCAAGAACGUGGAGAUUCUGUGGCAAGCAGCCGAGGCAUGUCGCCGCCUGAACGGAGUGCGUUUCACCAGCUGUAAGAGCGCCAAAGACCGCACGGCCAUGUCCCUGACCCUGGAGCAGUGUCAGAUCCUGCAGCAGGAGCACGCCCUCGCCCCACAGGUCUUCUACCAGGCCUUGGACUGUAUGCGCAGCGAGGGCUGCAGGAGAGAGAACACCAUGAAGAAUGUGGGAUGUCGUAAAUACGCCUUUAACUCUCUCCAGCUCAAGGCCUUCCCCAAACAAUACCGCCCUCCAGAGGGGACGUACGGGAAAGUUGAGACCUAAGCGGACUCCUCGAGGCGGAGGAACACCAAAAGACUGACGGGGAUAAUGAUGAUAGCACCACACGAAAAUACCAAACACAAACUGGAACAACAGCCCUUUGUUUUGUGCUUAGUCACUGUUAAGAUGAUUAAUGUCCAAGUGCCAGUGCUACUGUAGAUUGUUUUAUAGCAGUUUCCCCCUCUCCUCCAGUAGUACUAGACUCACACUUUUCACGGCCACAUCACAGCCAGAAACAGUAACAGUGGAUUUCUGUGUGACAUUGUAGCCAGUGUGCAGACAACACUGUUGGCGCCUGUACCAGUCGUAGCAUCAGGAAGCGUUCAGCUGAGUCAUUUUAACUCGUGUCCCUAGAAAUAAGAUAUGCAGCCAUUAGAAAGAUGAUGUGGGACUCGUGUUUGUGCUUCUCCCUAAUGCUUUUAUUUCAUUUUAUCAGUUUGUCUGUUAAAGAUAAGAAGGUAUUCUGUUUCUUUUCUUAUUAUCAACAAAUCCCAUGCAAAGACCAAAACCAGCAAUGACCUUAUCAAAUGAAUACUGGCUACUGAUUCUGACAGUGCAGAGCUCCAGUGUCCUCCAAAAACUAUAGACCAAAUCAGAGUGACAUCGCUCUAACAACAACAGUCACCCAGUCAGACAACCGGCAGUUGAGUUCAGUUGUGGAGAUAUGUUAAUUUAAUUAUUAAAAUGAUUUCUGUUGUCAUUUUCAGCCAUAGCUGUAACGUUUAAAGAUGAUAUUGUUCGACACUGUAGCCAAACUUGUCUGACUUUCCUGCUGUGCUUUUUUUAUGUACUGUGUUGCUUGGCAAGCAUCUUCCAUAAAUCAAAUCAACCAGUGCGGAAGUUAAACAACAAACUACUGUGGACGGGGGCUGUAGCAAAAUAUAUUUUAGCCAUAUAAAAGAUCCGCCCUAAAAAAUCAGUAUCCAUUUAAGUGUACGCAAUAUUUGAAAAAUAUUUCCACUGCUUUACCUUAGAACCAGAAACUGUGUUUUGCAAAGUAAAAUUACUGCUUUUGUCAAUGUUCUAAAUAUAGCGUACACUUAAACUGAUAUUGAUUUCUUUUUUAUAGGUGGCUAAAAGCCAUCUGAGCCCUUUAAAAAACUAUGUGUGCAACAUAUCCUUAUCCAAUGGUUCGUAUGAUACCUAACGAAUAAGCGCCCCAUGAAUGACAUUACGUACGUAAUGUAAAGUUACAUACCUGAUGUAAAGUUGCAUGGGUUGGGUUUAGGAAAAGAAAAGAUGAUGGACCUUAAAAUAACUCAUUUCUGCCCCGUUUCCACCAAACACUUUCGGUAUGGUACCUUUGGAACCAAAAGUAACCCUUCAGACAUGGUACCUACACCCUAGUGUUUCCACUGCAAACACUCUUAAAUGUGGGCGGGGUUGUUGUCACUCACUGCUCCAUCCAGCACCCACUGUAUUUCCUCUUUUAUCAGUCUGCACCUCGUUUAUCGUCCACAGAACGAGGCUGCAUGCUAACAUUUUCUGAACAAAAUAAAACAGGCUGCAGUGAGAGUCUCUCUCCAUGGGAUAUUUAAAAAUAGCGAGUUUGUGCAUUUAGUCCUUCUCAGGCAAGCUCAGGGGUUUAGUGUUGCUGUAGCCCACAGGAAGGAUGCUCCGCGAUGCUUUUUUUCAUUUUAUAGGCACCCCAACAGAGGGGGGACCAAAAAUGGGGACGGUACGGAACGGUUCCAACUUUUCACAUUGGAAACAGGAAAAAAAAAAGCGUACUGAACUGAACUGUACCGUACUGCUCGGUGGAAAUGGGGCUCUGGUUUCACACUAUUCUGAUCACGAAUAGUGAGAAAGUCCUGUGUUUUUUGACCCAUCCACCACAACAACCUUUCUUAUUAUGCAGACUUCAAGUCUUUGUACUAAUGAAGCUCAGACAGACAGUUGAAGACGAAGUCAUUCACCCUUUGCACACAUGCUCACUCACUAUCUCGAGGUGACAUUGUCUGGGCACAGGGAAACACCUUCUCUCUCACCCUAUCUCACUGCUCCUUAUUUUAAAUAUGGUUCUUUCUCUGCCGUAGUUCUUUCUUGCUGCUGUCAUGCGCACCCUCCCCCUCCCCAUCACCACCUAGACUUUACAGAUUCAUCAGCCUCAUCCACCUCAGCAGCCUCAGAGUCAUCAGCCACCACCACCAGUGUCUAGACUCCAUGUGGGGAUUUAUCUUGGUGCUGCUCAGAUGCCCCUCGAUCACAAAAUAUCUCCCUCUGGUGUCCAAGCGCCAAAGACGUCUGUUAAAUCUUAUUCAGCACAAAUCAUAUGUUAAUCUGUACACUCAUAUUCUGUAUUAAAUAUUAUAUUUGCUUCAUUCUUCUGUCUCUCCUGAUUGAACCACCGUCUUUACUACAAUUUUUUGUGCGUUAUUUUUGUAGGUACAUGUACAAACAGUGCAUGGAAACAACCUAAUUUGUGAGCAGUUUGUUUAGAUUUAUGUGUUCAGGAGCAACAAAGAGGGCAAGGAAGUCCGAAAGUAUUGAGAGCCAAUCAAUGGAUUGCUGGUUUUUGGUCUUUUCAUGGGAUUCAUUGACAAUAAAAACAAUGAAGAAUAAUUUCAGUCUCAUCCUUUAAGGCUACACUAGGCAAAUUUCUGACCUAAAACACUAAGCAAAGCUGCUUUGAGAGCACACAGAUCUUAUUAUAUUGGUCAAGACAAGUUCAGCCUAAUGGUAACAGCAGCAAAAAAGUAUGUGAUUGUCUGGAGAUUACAAAUUGUGACAACAUUUUUUGAGAAAUGAGCGUGUACCUUGCUGCCAUUUGAAGCUGCCUACAUGUGAAGUUGCCCAGUGUAGCUUUGAUUAGACCAGUGGUUCCCAACUGGUGGCUUGUGAUCCAAAAGUGGGUCGCGGGUCCAUUCUUAAUGGACCACAAGUGACUCACAAUCAUGUCGAGUGUUUGUAAGAACACUGAAUUUCUGACAUAGAGCUUUUAUUUUGAAGUGCCGUUUCCUGCUGUAGAGUGAGUUACUAACCGACAUGGCCAAACACAAGUAUGACGCUGAAUAUAUUAAACUGUUUGGACCUUGAACUACUGAGUAAGGAGAAAUCUGGACCCGGGGACUGGACCAGUUGGGAACCAUUGGAUUAAACGAUCAGGUUGUCAAACAAAUGUCUUAGCCUGUUAACAUAUUUCUCUGGACCUAAAGUCAAAGCACUUGUUUUGUAUAUUUUAGUGCUUUUAGCCUGUUGCCUGUUUCCCUCCCACUGUCUCUCCUUCUUCUCGUCUUACUUCUUGAAACACAUAAAUAUUCACCAUAUCACUCUCUACAACAAGCACAGAUCUUAAAGACACAACUAUCUAACGACACUAUCUGGCUUUUGUAUCACAACGAGAUGUCUGAUGUGAUUUCUGAGGUCCUUCUGAUGCUUCGCUGGAGGCUUCGAUGAGGAGCUGGUUCAGUUGUGGUGCAUCGCAUUAUUCUAUAAACAUAUCUACAGAUAUUUAAGACAUUUCUGCAGGUUAUAUGCAGCACUAUAACGGUUCAAUAGCCCUUCAGACUUGCAUUUUUAUUUACGACAAGUGUAUGUUCUCAGUUUUACAGCACUCUUGAAUUAUGCAGAACUUUGUGAUGGAAAUUGAAUAAAAGCUUCGUUAAUUUAACCUGCAUGAAGAUUAAAAAAAACUGCUUUCUACUAUUGCACUUGUAUACUGUUGCAAUCAAGAGUACCCAUGAGCACUUGAUGGAUGUUUUUAGACUGAAGUGAAAUAAUGCAUAUUGCAUUUUUCUACCGACCAUCAACAGCACCUCUUCUGUUGUCAGUUUACCAGCUCUGGGCUCCGAUGUACCUUAUUGUACAAAACUUACAGAGACAGUGGAUUUUAUUUUGAAAAUGUUAUUUUGCUUACAGGUGUUUUUGUUGAUAUGGCUGUUGUUGCCAAAUGUUGUUUUAUCCAUUGUUAUUGAGUAAGUUAGGACCUUGUUCUGAUCAGUUGUGCAUGCACAGAGGUUGGACAGGGGAGUCUAGGAGACGCCUGCACCCCCACAGAGGUACCAAGUGAAACUGGAUGAUUAAUAAAGGC